AUCUUUUAUGCUAAUAGAAGCUAGCGCACAAGUUCAGACCCUGAUUUGCUCCUUCGUCACCAGCCGUGCUCAUUCUAAAUAUUAUUAGGCCUUUGACGCCAUCAUGCUCACCGAGAGAAAAAUGCCCACAUUGUUCCGAAAUGUCGCGUUUUUGAACACUUCACUGCCGUUAGAUAAUCUGUGUUUGCUUUGCUAAUGCUAGCCCCGCUGUUGGUAGCGUUUUCACUCGGUUGUGGUGGUGGUUUUUUUGUGAUGCUAACGACGCAGGACAGCCAAACCAGGUCAGACGGAGCUAGCUUCCAGCCCAACUGGGUUGAUUUGAACCAUUUUAGCCGAGCUCUGGUGUUAGCACCAUCGCCGAGGAGCUCCGUUUCGACAGCCUUUGUUCGGAAAGAGCUAUUUUAUUUCGAGGCUGGUGUUUUUCUUGUUGUUCUAGCUAACUUUUCCUCGCGGCUAGUGACCUAUAUUCCCGUCCUCCGUCUACUAAUCAUUCACAAGGCUGUUUGGGAUGCCGUUAGACCAAGUAAAUGCUAACUAGUUGUAGCAUUUUACAAACGGUAUUUCGGAUACACAGAUUGGGGUAAAAUGACCUCACCCAGCAGCAGCUAAGCCAAUCCUCCCCCCCCCCUUGUUUCUGGAAUUGGUGGUUCAGUGGCCUUCUACACAUGAACAACUAGAGCAUCAUCUCUAACUGUGGUUUAAUCUCUCACCGCUAUCAAAUCACUCCCAAAGGUGAAGUGUGUAUGGAGCAGUGUGAGAGCGCAGCGGCUCUGCUGGAGUCAGUCAGGGAGCAGGAGGUGCAGUUUGAACAGCUGACCCGGGCGCUGGAGGAGGAGAGGAGGAGAGUGGGCCUCCCUGCCACCAGCCCCUCGGCCCUGGGUCACCCCUUUCCUCACAUACAGAACGGCCGUUUAGGGGAUGCAGACAUAGAACGGCUGAAACUCACAGACUCGUAUAUAAACAGCACACAGUACAGGAUGGUGGACCCUGCACAUGGCGCUCUGGAUGAGAGCUACACCCCAGAAGACGAUUCCCACGAAGCACAUUCCGUCUUCUCUGAGGAAGGAACAACCCGACGAUCUGAUAAUGGGAUGAAGAAACCUAUGUCACGCACAGUGAUGCCCAGUGAGUCAAUGGGACUUGAUGGAGGCUUAACAGUGCCCGGUAUAGGGGUCUACAGUGCCACCUUGGAUCGGCCUUACAGACAGCCCGGCGCUGCGGAUUACCCCACCGCCACAGUACCCAGAAACUAUCACUAUGGUCCUCUCGGAGGAUACGACGACUACCGGGGAGGGCCGCCGUCAGAGGCAUACACAAGUCUGAGCAGGGGCUCUCACAUGGAUGAGCGCUACAGGCCCGUUGAUGGCUACAGAACCUUGGACUCGGGCUAUAGGGCGCAGAACCGCCAGCAGCUGGACCCGUACGCUGCACAGCCCCAAGUGGGUCGGGUUAUGAGGGCCCUGGGCUCAGCAAUGGAAAUGAGGUAUGCUCAAGGCCCCUCCUAUGUUGUGGAUGAUGAUCAGCGCAGCGUGGGAUACAGCGACUAUGGCAUGGGCCCUCCGCCUAUACACCCUGGAGGCUAUGGCACCAUGCCUCGUUUGGGGCUAGGCCCUGGUGGUAUGGAGAAGCGCAGACUCAGGAGCUGUGAGGACACGCUCGAUGGAGACAUGAGAGGAGUGGAUCCGUACGCGUGGGGUUCUCCCAUGACGAUGGACAGAGGGAGCAUGGCUUCAUUAGAUAGCACACUGAGGAAAGCUCCUCCUGGCACAUGGAGGCAGCCUGAGCUACCAGAAGUGAUUGCCAUGUUAAACUACAGAUUUGACCCCGUCAAGACCAACGCUGCUGCUUUCCUUCAGCAUCUCACAUUCAAAAAUGACAAGGUGAAGUCAGAAGUACGUCGUCUGAAAGGGAUCCCAGUCUUGGUUUCGCUGUUGGAUCAUCCCAGCAAGGAGGUUCACCACUCUGCGUGCGGCGCCCUGAAAAACAUUUCAUACGGACAGGACCAAGACAACAAGAUUGCCAUUAAGAACUGCGAGGGCAUUUUUGCUUUAUCAAAGCUGCUCAGGAAAACUAAUGACCAGGAUCUUACUGACACAAUUACAGGCACCUUGUGGAACCUCUCCUCCCAUGAUGCAGUAAAGAUGGAUAUUGUGGACCAUGCCCUACAUGCCCUGGCUGAUGAGGUGAUCGUGCCGCGCUCAGGCUGGGAGCAGGGAAACCUCGGCAGGGAGGAAACUUGCAAACCCAGACAUUUGGAGUGGGAGACUGCCUUGACCAAUACUGCUGGCUGCCUUAGGAAUGUGAGUUCAGAACGCAGCGAGGCCCGGCGAAAACUGAGGGAUUGCUCUGGACUGGUGGACGCUAUAAUGUACAUUGUUCAGUCACAAAUUAACUGCAAAGAUGUAGAUAAUAAGUUGGUGGAGAACUGUGUUUGCCUCUUGAGGAACCUUUCCUAUCAGGUUCACCGUGAAAUCCCAGACGCAGAACGAUAUGCAGAGGCCACGCCUCUAAACCAAGGCCCACCCACUGCCAAUAAAGGAGGCUGCUUUGGUUCUCGAAAGGGCAAAGGAAAGAAGGAGGGGGAUGAUGAUAAUGGAGAUAAUCUUGAAAUUCCAAAGAGGUCAACCCCUGCCAAAGGUUAUGAGCUGCUGUUCCAGCCAGAGGUGGUUCGUAUUUACACCUCACUGCUCAAAGAGAGCAAGAACUCCUCAGUGCUCGAAGCCGUCGCUGGAGCCAUCCAGAACCUGUGUGCUGGCCGUUGGACUUACGGCCGGUAUAUUCGGGCCACUGUGCGGCGGGAGCAGGGCCUCCCUAUGAUGACAGAGUUACUGGCUCAUGGUAACGACCGUGUGGUUCGAGCCAUGUCGGGGGCUUUGAGGAACCUUGCCAUCGAUAACCGUAACCGCCAACUUCUUGGUUUGCACGCUGUCCCUAACCUUGUGGCUAACCUGCCUGGUGGCCAGAGUCAGACUGGACGCACUUUAUCGGAGGAGACGGUGAUAUCUGUUCUGAGCACACUUGCAGAGGUGAUGGGCAGUAAUGUGGAGGCGGCAAAGAUCCUCCGACAAUCGCAAGGCAUUGAGCGGCUGGUGCUCAUCGUCAAGAACGGGGAGCGCUCCGAGCGUGAGGUGCGCGCCGCAGGGCAGGUCCUGCAGCUCGUCUGGGCUCACAAAGAACUGCGCCGCCCGCUUGAGAAAGACGGCUGGAAGAAGGGGGACUUCGUGGUCAACCCCAGCACGAGCAACGGCCCAAGCACCCGAGCCAACGGCACCCAUGAGGACAGCUCCAUGCCUCUGCUGGACAAGGGUGAGUGGCACAAAAUCCAUAUGAAUCCAAACAUUAGAAGCAGCAGAUGUUCUUUCAUUACUUUUUUUUUUUAUAUAUCUUUAGGAGAAAAGAGGGACAUGAUUCCAUUAAAUGACAUCUAUCCUGAGUCCUACUCUACACUGGAUCAGAGGGACAGAAGACAAACUCUGGAUGAUACAGCAGACACUUUGCAGCGAGGGGUGUAUGGGGGCAGAAAGGGCUCCCUGCCUUUGCUGGACUCCUACGAUGAAAAACUGAUCGUGUGCAUUACCCAAACUGGGCCGUCCCUGCCGCACCACUGCUACUGAGGAGAGAAGAUUCGGACGCAACCUUUCUGCCCCGCCCUCACCUCCUCCCCUCUCUGUCGCCACGCAAACGGGAUCAAAACACGAGAGCUGACAUCCAAAGAGAGUGGUUUUGUCGCAGGCCAAAAGUUCCAUACUGUGCACAUGUACAUGCAUACACGCCCGCCUAUUUCAUUCAAAUUGUAGCAGCAGAAAUAUUACUCCGUUUAUAAAUUAUAACUCUUCUGUAAAGGCAAUCACCUUUGUUGACAAUCUUUUUAAUUUUGGUGUAGUCAGUCAUCCUGCUUCUUUGUUUCCUUACUUUUUGCUACUGUUGAGAAUAAAAUGUAAUGGCUGCCAACAUCCGCAUCCCGAUGACAAAUUUGUAUAACUUCUAUGUAGGAUAUAUACUGUACAUAUAUUAAAAAAAAAGCAAUCUGGAUGACUGCAUUAGUUUUGGCUCAUUAAGUUAACUGGGAAUGUUAGAAAGUUGGAUGUUUUAACAGGCCGCCUUUAGCUGGAGAAUGUUUGUUUAUACUGGAGUAACUUCCACUUUCUGUUGGGAUGAGCACAAACCCGGAAGGACAGGUGUGUGCAUGUUUGUAAAGUGCUCCACCUGUGGCAGUUUGCUGUGUAGAAGACGACAUCCGUGGACCCUUUUUGUUUGUUUGUUUGAGUGAGUGGAUUUCUGUGUACAGGCGCCCCACGGAGAAGACAGGAGUUUUGUUUUUCUGUUUGGUUUUAAACGUUUCUGCUGCCUUUGUUAUACUUUAUAGUGAUUUUUUUUUUUCCUUUUUAACUCCCCAAUUCAAAAGGUUAGUUUGGUUCCUAUCUGGAUUUAGCAGCACAAGUCUGACUCGGUACUGAAGUAGAAAGCUGUGAGUAAAAACACUAUACGUAAACCACUAUUAUCCAAACAUUCCUGGCUACACUUUUGAGAGAUCAGUGGUUUAUUCUGUUUCUUUUUGUCUUUUAAACUACAUAAAGUCAUAGUGAAGCAGUAGAUCUGCCUUCAUCGACUCAAAUUUGGGAAGCUUCUUCAGUCAGAGACUUGUUUUCCUCAAACAGUGAUGGGAGAGAUGCUAAUGUUCUUAUUUAAAUUGAGAGGCAGCGAAAAAGCACAUUUUGAUUCAUUCGUUUGUACCGUGUGUUGUGUUUCAAUUGUAUUUUUCUUCCUUUUGCAUCUGAUUUUUAAUUUUCGGGGGUUUGUAUGUGGGUGAAAGCAUUAUGCAACUUGGUGUACCUUUUUAUUUCAACUUUUACAGCUAAGUUUUAAGUACAGAAGAGACCAAUUCUUUUUUUUUUUUUGCUCUUUUUUUCUAAUCUUGUUUUCACAUAGUAUAUUUGUACUGUUGCCUAUCCAUGUGAAAUUAUGAUGUACCAUGCAUACCUGCCUUGGCUCUGAGAACUUGCUUUUUCAGUGAAGUAUGUACCUGGUCAAACUGUUUUUAUAAAUAAAGAGCUUUUCUUAGACGA